AUGUUUAGCGCAGGCGGGCCUGGAUCCACUCCCACACACAGCGGCGACAGCGAGCCGUCGCUGCAAUCCGUCACGCCGUCGUCAUCGACGUCGGAGUUCUGCGGCUCGUCAGACGAAGUGGACGAGCAGGGCUCGUCCGCGCCAGUGGCUCAUGCCGUGUCGCAGCUGCUGGAGGCGCUCGGGGAGGAUCCGUGCCGCCACGGCCUCGUCAAGACGCCUCAACGCGUCGCUAGAGCCAUGGAUGCCGCAACUCAAGGCUACAACCAUGGCGCAGCGCGCAUAAUCCUCUCAGCAAUAUUCUCCGAAUGCCCGGCAGUCGGCAAUUCCGCACAAGGGGGCGGUGCAGGGGGGUUGGUUCUGGUGCGGGGCAUUGACACUUUUGCCCUGUGCCAAGGCUGUUUGCUCCCGUUGCGACUGCGCUGCCACGUGGCGUACGUUCCGCACAGCCAUCGGGUGGUGGGUCUCAGCAAGUUACCACGCGCAGCCGUGGCUCUCUCGCGUCGCCGCGUGUGCGCGCAGUCCCUGGCGCGCCUGCUGUGCCGCACAGUGGAGGAGGCGUUGGCGCCGCUGGGCGUGGCGGUGGUGGUGGAGGCAUCGCACCUCGUUGGGCUUGAGGAGAGCGUCACUGCUGCCCCUGCCCGUGCGAACAACCCGGAUUCGCUCACAAGUGUCGGCUCUCGCAAUGAAGGAGCGGUUGGAUGGGCACAGGAAGGCGAAGCGGGGCACGAGGUGGCGUGUGGCGCGGUGGGAGUGUUUUCGAAGCAGAGCGAGCUGGUGGAGGAGGUGCUGGCGCUGCUGCACUUGGACCCACAUGCCGUCUCCCUCGCGCUCCUAGACGACGCUGACGCUAACGGGGGGCGUGUGAAUCCGUCUGCAGUAGACGACCUUGUAAGAACCAACGGAUCCGACGUGACCGAGUUGCCUGAGGACGCUGUUUGCCCUGCGCUAAGGCCACGCGCGUCAGGGAGGGCAGUGCAGGGCCGACCAGGGCACAGCAUUUGUGGUGACUGCGACAUGCGUGCGUGGCUGUCACGCUGUUUACCAAGGCCCGCUCUCAGCGGUGCAGGCAGCAAUGCCCUGCAGAGGGCCAUUCCAGACGUGCGGACUGCAGACGGGCUCCUUGCCUCGUGGCGCCUGCUGUGCCGGUGGCUGGGUGCGAGGGAAGAGAGGGGCGAGCAGCGGUGUGGUGAGAAGGUGCCACUGUCAGCGGCAAUGCAGGCUGAUGACGAGGGAGGAUCAUGCGAGCAGGUGCAGGCAUGUGCGCAUGUGGACCAACAGAAGCUGAGGGGCACAGCAGACGUGGAGACCGAGACGGAAGUUGAUGAGGCGAGGGUACCAUUCGACAAGGCAUCUGCAGUCACCACGGAGGCUGCCCCUGAUACGAAGGCGGAGUCGACUUCCAGCGAUGCGACUGCUGCUGGAUCGGAGGCGAAGUCUGCCGCUCCUGGCGGUCCACCCAACGCCUUCGACUUCUCCAGCCUCGCUGGAGUUCUCAAUGACCCAUCUAUCAAGGAGAUGGCAGAGCAGAUUGCUAAGGAUCCAUCCUUCUCUCAGAUGACACAAGAGCUCCAAGGGAGCGUGAAAGUUGGGAGUGAUGGCGCGCCCCAACUUGAUCCUCAGCAAUACAUGAAGGCGAUGCAACAAGUGAUGUCGAACCCAAGCUUCAUGACAAUCGCGGAGAAGUUCGGGAACGCACUGAUGCAGGAUCCUCAAAUGAUGACCAUGAUGCAGACUCUUCAGAACCCGUCGUAUCGUGAUCAGAUGCAGCAGCGAGUAGCUGCCAUUAAGGAGGAUCCUUCUUUGAAGUCGGUCCUGGAAGAGCUCGAGACUGGGGGGCCUGCAGCAAUGAUGAAGUACUGGAACGAUCCGGAGGUUCUGAGCAAGCUUGGCAAGGCCAUGGGCGGUGCGUUCCCUAUCCCUCCCCACAUGGCUGCAGCAGCUGGUGCCUCCGGCGAGGAAGAUGCUGCAGAAGAGGGGGCAGAGGGAGAGGAGGAAUCUCCUUCACUUCACUCCGCAGCCAGCAACGGCGACGCAGAGGAGCUCAAGCGGCUGAUUGCAGAAGGGGCGGACAAGAACGAGAAGGAUGGUGAGGGAAGGACAGCCCUCCAUUUUGCGAGUGGAUAUGGCGAGGUGAAGUGUGCGGAGGUUCUUCUUGAUGCUGGUGCUGAUGUCGACUCGUUGGACAAGAACAAGAACACACCUCUGCAUUAUUCAGCAGGUUAUGGGCGCAAGGAGGUUGUGGAGCUGCUGGUGAAGAGUGGUGCUGCAGUCACGCUGAGGAACUUGGAUGGCAAGACAGCAGCAGAUGUGGCCAAGUUGAACAGCCAGAAGGAGGUGGUAGCGCUCUUGGAGAAAGAUGCAUUUUUGUGA